AUGGCUACCGCCGCCGCCACCGCGGCGCGCCCCUGGGACCCAACCGUCUCGCUGCGUCUGGACCACCCGGCGCUGGUCCUCCUGGAGCGGUGCCGGGGCGGGGCGCGGCCGUUCAAGGCGAUCCUCGCCCACAUGCUCCGCCUCGGACUCGCCUUCGAGACCUUCCCCAUGAGCCGGCUCCUCCACUUCGCCACCGUCGCCUUCCCGGAGCACACGCGCGAGGGCCUGCUCCUCUUCGACCACUUCACGCCUCGCCCCAACCUCUACAUCUACAACCUGGCGCUCGCGGCGCUCUGCCCCUCGCAGAGCCGCUCGGUCGCUCUCUACAAGUCCAUCCUCGCGUCGCCGGCGACCCCCGACGAGCGGACGUUCCUGGCGCUGCUCAGGUCCGUGGAGUGCCCGUCGGUCGGGAAGCAGGUACACGCGCACGUCAUCCUCAACGGCUUGCACUCGCGCGUGUACCUGCGGAACUCGCUCAUCAAGAUGUACCUGGACGCCGGCGACGCGGGGACGGCCGAGGCGAUGUUCCGGUGUGCGCCCGUGCUGGACACGGUGUCCUGCAACAUCAUGCUGUCAGGGUACGCCAAGGGAGGGUUCAGCGUGAAGGCGCUGCAGCUUUUCCGUGGUAUGGCGUCGAGGGGGGUUGGCGUUGACCAGUACGCUGCUGUUGCUCUCCUCUCCUGCUGCGGACGUCUGAAGAACACGCUUCUUGGGAGGUCCGUUCAUGGCGCGGUCCUGCGGAGGAUGGGUGUAGCAGAUAGGGGAUUGAUUUUGAGCAAUGCACUUCUAGACAUGUACGCCAAAUGUGGCGAGAUGAACACUGCCAUCAGAGUCUUUGCUGAAGCUUGGGAGAAGGAUGUCAUUUCGUGGAACACCAUGAUCUCAGGGUUCGUUGAUGCCGGCAUGUUGGACCUUGCUAGUAAAUUUUUCUUUGAUGCACCUUGCAGGGAUCUAAUAUCAUGGAACGUUCUUCUAGCUGGGUACGCUCGAUGCAGAGAAUUCGCUGCGGUGGUGGAGCUAUUUAAUGCCAUGAUCGCCAGUUGUGUAAGACCUGAUAAGGUUACUGCUCUUACUUUGAUCUCUGCAGCUAUAGGCAAAGGGGAAUUGAAUCCAGGAAAGAGUGUCCAUGGUUGGGUGGUUAAAGAACAUGGUACUCAAGAUGCUUUCCUGGCUUCUGCUCUCGUAGACAUGUAUUGCAAAUGUGGAAAUGUUAAUUUAGCCUAUGCUGUGUUUGAGAAGGCCUUGGAUAAAGAUGUUACCUUGUGGACAGCGAUGAUAUCGGGCCUUGCAUUCCACGGCCAUGGAACCAAAGCAUUGGACCUGUUUUGGGAUAUGCAAAAGGAGGGUGUAGCACCUAAUGGCGUGACAUUGGUCGCUGUUCUCAGUGCAUGUAGUCAUGCUGGUCUGCUAGAUGAAGGGUGUAAGAUUUUUGAUACUAUGAAACAAAGCUUCAACGUUGAACCAGGAAUAGAACACUUUGGCUGUAUGGUUGAUCUCCUUGCACGAUCAGGUAGGCUGUCUGAUGCACUAGGACUGGCUAGGACUAUGCCAAUGAAGCCAAGUCGGUCUAUAUGGGGUUCCAUUUUAAGUGCAAGUUCAGCUUGUCAGAAUACCGAAGUUGCAGAGAUUGCUUCGGAAGAACUCCUUCGUCUUGAACCCGCUGAAGAGGGUGGGUAUGUUUUGCUUUCUAACCUGUAUGCUGCUGGUGGUCAAUGGAAAUACAGUGACAAAGUGAGGGAGACUAUGGAUAGAAGAGGCGUGAGAAAAGCAGCAGGUGCUAGUGGUUUGGCUAUUAAUGAUGCCACCUAUUAGGUUUUUCGUAUAUUAGAAGUAAACUGUCAAGAUGAUGGAAAGGGUACAAAGCAAACUCAAACAAGAAGAAAAAGGAAAACUGAAACUAUACAAGGCCAGCACCUGCUAGCCUACAGAGCGAAGCAUCUGGAGGCCGAGCAUGGAGGGGCAGACAACGUAGUGCCUUGGCGCCGGCUAACAUCCACAGCCUAGCCUUAUCAAGAAUGGAGUGGACAAGCUCAAGGUUGAUAGGUGUGGCUCCAUUGAAAAUGUAGUCAUUGCGCAGCUUCCAAAGUCUCCACAUUGUCAGGAUGGUGAUGGAUUUGAGUCCCUUUUGGAUGGCAGGUGGUGCACUGGAAUGAGCAGACUCAAACCAAAGCAGUAAAGUCCUCCAGGUGGCGGCAUGCAGGGCUGAAUCCCAAAGUGAGCAAAAACAUCAUGCCACACUUCUUGAGCAAAGGAGCAUUGUGUCAGAAGAUGAGAAAUGGAUUCAGUGGCUUGAUCACAGAUGGUACAUGUGUCUUCUCUCAGUCUGUGUCGUAGGCGACGCUCAGAUGACCAACAGCAAUCAGCCGCCGCCAGCCAAGCAAACACUUUUCAUUGAGGAAUAGUACUAUCCAUAAACCAAUAGCAUUUCCUAUUGGAGAAAAGUUAAUACUUGCCUGAAAACAGUGGUGUUGCCUCUCUCCCGUCACUUCUGUUUUCCAUGAGUUGUGGACUUGAAGCAUGAAACAAUUAAUUUUCUAGGGAGAAGAUCAAAUGUUCGUUGCAGUUUCAUGGAUGUGGGCGUGAUACAAUGAACGACCACAACACCAUGUCCUUAUGCAGAUACGUUUAUCAUGAUUACUGGUCAUGUUGCCACAAUGGAAGAAUGCAGAAAGCCGGUAACUGUGCAUGCAAUAUUGAUCAUCAAACUGUUGAAGGUAACAAAUGUUCGUUCUGUUAUUGUUUUCCAGGAAAAUGAGUACGAUAUCGGCAAAUUAGUCAUGCAGUCUACUAAUAACUGAACCAAUUAUUUCCACCAAACGUUUUUUCUUACUCAUUAAAUUUAAAGAGAAUCAUCACCAAUUGUUCCAUGUAUUCCUUGUUACUACUCACUACUUUUUAAACAUGUUUUGUGCAUUGUCAUAGUUUUUUUUGCCCCUUCCCCAAAGUUUUAUUUUUCAUUGUUUUCAUAUUUCUGUGAAACAGCAACUUGACAUCAAUCAUUCAGGUCCAUAGGCUAAUGCCAUAUGAGCGUUAGUCAAGAACAUAAGUAAUGCCAACAGUAACAAGGUGAAAAAUUGGAAGAAGAUUUCACGACGUUUACGAGUAUUGUAUCUAUGUUUAGUGAAAAUAUCCUAUGUUUAUCUUCUGUUAGAAAUUAGGAAUUUCUGACCUUCAAACUACAGCAUGCCAAUGGCCUAGAAUGUAUUCUUGUAGAAAGUAAUGAUCAAGUAAAACUGUAGAAAGAUACUAGUAUACCUUGGUUUUGAGAAUCUGGAAACACAGUUUUGUAGAUAUCUUAAGGUCUGCUCUUAAAUAGGAAUCCUCCUGAUCAGUGACAUGUUGAACUGUACCUAUAUCCCAUUCACUAGGUAUCUGCUCUUUGAUAAUUACAGUUUCAUAGAUGUGAUGACCAACCACAACAUAGUGUCCUUAUUAAGAUAUGUUUAUCAUGAUCACUGACCCCAUUGCCACAUUGGAAGAAUGCAGAAAGCCAGCAACUAUGCAUGCAAUACUGAUCAUCAAUCUGGUGAAGGUAUGACCCUGCAUAGUGCAUGUCCUGUCAUAUGCGCAGGGGCCAGGCCUUCUGGGUCACAAAGCACCGUCUCACCUCCAUGUGGCAUACAAAGGAGGACCUGCAUGGCUGUAUGAGUUCCCACUGGUAUAUGUGUUUUCCAGCAGAUAUUAGUGCACCUGAAAUUCUGAAAACGGGGACGCUGCCACACACAUGCUGUGCCCUAUGAGGCAUGGAGGCUGAGGUGCUUCAGCACGGCAUGGCGUUGACGGGCAAUACCUUUUAACAGUCGAUGCCCCUUGAGGAGGGAAUUGCUGAAGGAGUGAAGGUGCAAGCCUGGUGGUGGUGGCAGGUGGCAUGAACACGACCUUUGCUACAAGCUGAUUUUGGGGUCAUACCUUGCAGCUUGACAUAUCCAUCAAGGAUUCCGGG